GCCCGGCGGGUCUCGCUGCCCCGGUGCGAUGCGCUCCGCGGGACGGCCGCGGCAGAUGCGGCGCGUCCCGGCACCGGGUGCUGCGGCGCAGGUGCCCGCGGGCCCUGCCGGUGGCACUCACCGCGUCCCUGCUGUCCGCUCGAGGUCCCCCGGGGCCCCCGAGGCUCGGCCGGGGCCACGGCGGCUGCUCCUCGCUGGCCGCCCUGACACACUCCCGUCCCGGGGAGCUGGACAGACCUGCUGCAUGGAUUAUGUCCCUUUGCGUUUCCUUCGCGCUGUUUCCUGCUCUGUUUUGUUCAUUUCCGUCGUUUCUCCUGCAUACUGAAGCAAUUUCUGUUGGAUUGAGGACUGUUCGUUUCCCUUUGUGAGCUAAUCAGCCUGGCUGGGUACACUUAAACAGAUGUAGCAGUGCAGCUGAGAGGAGGUGCAGUUUCUUCUUCACAGAGUUCCGAAGCUGAUGGUUCACAUUCUGUAAGAUGGUCAGGGAGUAACUUGUUGCUUGUAGUCAGCUGUGGUGUAGUCAUGAUCUUUUAAUGUCUUUCAUAGGAUCCACAGACAGUUUUGACACGUGUGUGUUGUGCUGGUGACACUGAAUGGGAGGGGAUGGAGCUGCAGAGUGUUUGGUGUGCAGGUAGUUUUGGCCUGCAGCUAUUUCAGAAGUUCAGCUGACUUGCAGGGCUUGCCUGCUUGGAGAGGAGCGUUGGCUGCCUGUGCAGGGAGGCACAUGGAGCUUUGCCUUUUAUUCCCAAGCCCGUUUGGUGUGCUGAAAAGCCAUUUCCUUUACAGGACAACACAGAUAGAGUCAGGUUUUUCCAAGAUUCUCCCAACCUUUUCCCUGCUGUGCAGGUCUGAGCUCAGGUGGAGUUCUUGGUGUUCUGGAUUAGCAGAAGGGCACAGGGGCAGGUGAUCCAGGUGUGGGGCUGUGCACACUUGGGAACUGAAGUAGCAACCUACACCACUUGUCACAUUUGAAGGAACCCUUACAGCUUUAUGGCGACCUUCCUGGGUACUGCUGGUGAUAGUGGUGCUUGUAGCUGAACAGCAAAUUUUUUUUCCCUGAAAUAGCUAAUUCAUGCAAAAAGUGCAAGAUCUUCACCUUGGUUAAUUUUAAACAUUGUUGUUGACCUACACGGUGGGGUAAAGGUGCAUGGAAGGUUGAUGGCUUCUGUUUUGUGUAGCUUCAAGGAACUUAACAGUGGUAUGAACUUGCCUAAGCAACUGCCAAGUUGUACCAUUCUUUGGAAAAGGGAAGUCCGUGGUUUGUGGUUUUCCUUGUCUAAGUGCACCUUUUUCUUAAAUGCAGCCUUGCUGCAAGCAAACUCUUGGUAGUGGGAAGAAACAGGUUUGGGAUCUGCUCAGCUCUGUGACACAUUUCUUGUGCCAUCCUGUGCUGAACUAAGAUUCUUGACUCUUUCAUAUGCCUGCACUGCCCUUGGGAUUUGGGAUAGCAUUUAUCUGUGUGCCAAAUGUUCUUUGUGCACAAGCUUUCAUUCUGUUUUCCUAGCUUGCUUGCAUCUAAGUAACCAGCUCUCUCUGGGGCUUUCUGGCAGUUCUAGCAAAAACUAUUCUAGCUCUAUUAUAACUGUUAUAAGUGUCUUCUGAAAGGGCAGCAGGCCAGCAUCACUCCCCCUUCCUAAGUCUGACGGUAGCUUGGUGUUGGCUGUACAGUCUCUAUGGGAAUAUUCAUUCAAGAGUGUAAUUCCUUCCUGGUAGUCUAGUUGUUCUCUGCUGAAUGAAGUUUGCCUUUCCUUUCUUUCAGUUCUGGGAAAUCCAGUUAAUUAUACAAAUGAGAGCAAACGUUGUGUGCUGAGUCAGUGGUGUGGGGGAAGCAGUAAUGUGGCUUCCUGGCCUAGAAUGGUUCUCUCUUGGAAUUGUUGUACUAGACCAGUGUUGCCUUCCCGAAAUCUGUGCUCUGACAGAGCUGUAACUGAACUGUUUUAUGUGAAAAGUCGUAUUUUUUUUUCUUCUGCAGAAUGUAAAGAAGCAGAUGUCACAUCUGGAGAAAAAAAAUAUACAAGAUAUCAGAGUUUUAUGUGGGAGUUCCCACUUUGGGGUUAUAGACUGCCUCCAGCUUUCCAUGUGGGAAGGCUUUCCUGUCAGUUACUUAAGGUUGUUCUUUAUGAAGGAUGUACCAAUCUCUGUUUUCUCUGGUGUAAACUGGUUUCUGUUUGUGCCCUUAUUGCUGCGUGCAGGUGAAGAAGUGUGGAGAUGUCUGGGAUGUGGGGACAGCAUUGCUGCUGGGCAGCGCCUCCACAAGACUGUCAAUGAAGCUUGGCACAUCUCCUGUUUCAGGUGCUCUGAAUGCCAGGAUCCCCUCACUAACUGGUACUAUGAGAAAGAUGGGAAGCUGUACUGUCACAAAGACUACUGGGGGAAGUUUGGGGAAUCUUGCCAUGGCUGCUCUCUGCUGAUGACUGGACCUGUGAUGGUGGCUGGCGAAUACAAGUAUCACCCUGAGUGUUUUGCUUGUAUGAGCUGCAAAGUGAUCAUCGAAGAUGGGGACACUUAUGCACUGGUGCAACAUUCCACUCUCUACUGUGGAAAAUGCCAUAACCAGAUUGUGCUGACACCGAUGAUAGAAAAACACUCCACUGAGUCUCUGCGUGAGCAGCUGCCUUAUACACUGACCCUCAUCUCCAUGCCAGCAGCCACUGAUGGCAAGAGGGGAUUCUCUGUGUCUGUUGAAGGUGGCUGUUCCAGCUAUGCCACUGGUGUCCAGGUGAAAGAAGUUAACAGGAUGCACAUCAGCCCCGAUGUCCGGAACGCCAUCCACCCUGCAGAUCGGAUCCUGGAGAUCAACGGAGCUCCCAUUCGUACCCUGCAGGUGGAGGAGGUGGAGGAAUUGAUCCGCAAGACAAGCCAGACCCUUCAGCUGCUGAUCGAGCACGACCCUGUGUCGCAGCGCCUGGACCGGCUGCGCCUGGACUCCCGUCUCCCCAGCCACAUCAAGACACCCAUCUCCCCCCGCUCCCUCUCUCCUCUGGACAUCAAGGAGAACCUGGAAGGAACGCUGCGACGGCGCUCCCUCAGGAGAAGUAACAGCAUUUCCAAGUCUCCCGGCCCCAGCUCUCCAAAGGAACCUCUCCUUCUGAGCCGUGACAUCAGUCGUUCUGAAUCCCUGCGCUCCUCUUCCAGCUGCUCCCAGCAAAUCUUCCGGCCCUGUGACCUGAUUCAUGGUGAAGUUCUAGGAAAAGGAUUUUUUGGACAAGCGAUCAAGGUGACUCACAAAGCAACAGGAAAGGUGAUGGUGAUGAAGGAGCUGAUUCGCUGUGAUGAGGAAACACAGAAGACUUUCUUGACUGAGGUGAAGGUGAUGCGCAGCCUGGACCACCCCAAUGUGCUCAAGUUCAUUGGUGUGCUGUACAAGGACAAGAAGCUCAACCUGCUCACCGAGUACAUCGAGGGGGGCACGCUGAAGGACUUCCUCCGCAAUGCAGACCCAUUCCCCUGGCAGCAGAAGGUCAGCUUUGCCAAAGGGAUUGCCUCUGGAAUGGCUUACUUGCAUUCCAUGUGCAUCAUUCACAGAGACCUGAAUUCACACAAUUGCCUGAUCAAGCUGGAUAAGACCGUGGUGGUGGCUGACUUUGGUCUGUCUCGGCUGAUUGUGGAGGAAAGGAAGAAGCCCACUUUGGAGAAGCCGUCUGCCAAGAAACGGACGCUGCGCAAGAGCGACCGGAAAAAGCGCUACACGGUGGUUGGGAACCCGUACUGGAUGGCCCCAGAGAUGCUGAAUGGACAGAGCUACGAUGAGAUGGUGGACAUUUUUUCAUUUGGGAUUGUUCUCUGCGAGAUCAUAGGCCAGGUUUAUGCUGACCCAGACUGUCUCCCACGCACACUGGAUUUUGGCCUUAAUGUCAAGCUGUUCUGGGAGAAGUUUGUUCCUGCUGAUUGUCCUCCAGCCUUUUUCCCUCUGGCUGCUAUUUGCUGCAGACUGGAACCAGAGAGCAGGCCCCCUUUUUCCAAGCUGGAAGACUCCUUUGAAGCUCUCUCUCUGUACCUGGGAGAACUUGCCAUCCCCCUUCCAUCUGAGCUGGAGGAGCUGGACCACAAUGUGAGUGUGCAGUAUGGACUGAACCGUGACAAGCUACCUGAAGACACAACCUAGGCUGCUCGUCCUGCUGCCUGCACCACUUCACUGCAGCUGGGAUGAGCGUCAGGGAGGGAGAUGCACUUCAGCCACUUCCAGGGCAUUAACGGGGCACCACGCUGUGCAGCUGCUGCACUGCCUCUCUCUCCCCACCCAGCUUCCCUCUUCUUGGAUAUCCUGAUUCACUGUGGAUUCCUGGCAUGUUUCAGAAGCAAAAAGGACUGUUUCCUGCCAGCUGCACCUAGGAAAGCCGCUGAACACUAUUUUUCUGGCUUGAGAAAUAUUUCUCUGGCCUUUUCAGGCUUCUUUACUGUGGUGCCUUAGAACUUGGCUGCAAGCUGUGAAGCCACCCUGGCCUGUCUGCCAGGGAGGGAAUUGCUAUAGGAGACUCUCCUGGGUAAGGACCAGUACUUCUGGAACAGCUUCUCCCACUGACUGCCCUGCCCAGCAAGCUGGGGAAAUUGGACAUCCAGCAACAUGUCUCACCAGGACAGCACAUGUAUGUAUUUGCAUGUGUUUCCCAGAACAACCCACUGAGAUUUUGGCCUCUGAUACACAUCAGAGGAAGGAGUAAAAAGCCCCAGGAAUCGGGCAGCUCUCCUGAAAUACCGUGACUGGGGAAGCACAUAUGGAUUGUUGUUUUGGUUUUGUGGGCUUUUAUUCCUUCUGUGUCUCUGAAUACCUCCAAAAGCCUGCCUAGAAACACUAAGACUGAGCUCUGCUUGCCCCUCCUGAUGGCAAAUGAGGCAGGCAGCAAAUGAGCCACUGGAGCAUUUUCAGACCCUGCACCUGCAGUGAGGUUGCCUGCCCAAAACCUUAACCUAGGUGAAAGUAUUUGAACCUGAAUGUGUAGUUACUCUGCACUAGGCACUGGGUGUGGACAUUCCUGAGUGCUUGAGCUCUUGGCCUGUGGAUGUGAGGUGACAGAAAUGGUGGCACAAGGUGCUUGUCAGAAAGCCAAAGGUUUGAAGUGGCUCAGACCUUGGGCAUGGACAGUGGCAAAAGGGGACUUGCCCAAGGUUAAUUAAAGGAUGGACUUGUCAUGAAUAGAAAAGUGCUGGAGAAUGUCCCAUAGUCCCUGGAGUGGCAGCUGGAGAACUAAUAAUUCAGUUGCCACUACCUCGUCCUUUCCUGCAGAUUGUGCAAGUUGCUCCCUUUGAAGGUCCUUCUUGCAGCUGCUGCAGCAGCACCUGAGCUGAUUCUCCAAACAGAAAUUUUCCUCAGGGUCAUUCCCUGCUCUGGGGGGGGAAAAAAAGGGCUUGAAGUCAUUGGGAGGUGGGUAGGGCUGUAUUUUCUUCCAGUACUUCACUUCUUCCUCCCUUGGUGGGAGAAGGAAGGAAGGAAGCUACUGCUGCAGUAGCUCACAUGCUUGGCAGAACUGAACAAAAAGCUGAAUCGGGUUCUGCUCCAAGUCUCACAAACAUCAUGGUUUAACUGGAUUUUUAGUGUGCUCCUUUUUCCCCUCCUCCUCCCUUCAGCAUUGAAUGGUUGGGAAUGGGUGUUAGUCUUUGCUGUUACUUUGGUUUCCUCCCCUACCCAUGAGUUGAAAGUAUUAUGUAAAAUAACAUGGGACCAGCCAUCACCUGACAUCAGCUAUGCAAGGGGCGUGUUUUUAGUCUGUGUAGUGGUGUUUUAGAAACACUGGGGACUCCCUGUGCUGUAAGUCAGGCAGGAGCCUCUCUAAGCUGGGUCCAGUGGAUCCAGGAUUGUUAAUAGGAUUUGCCCUUUCAUUGCCCCUCCCAGGCUGGUUUGUGAGGGGACCCCUGAAGGGAGAGUCCUGGGUGAUGUGUGGGUGGGGUUUAUGAACUGUGAUUUGCACAGCUCCACGUUCUAACUAAAUUAAAAAGCAGUACCUGUAUGCUAUUGAGAACAAGAGUUUGUGGUCUCUGUUAAAUAAAAGGCGGAAGCUGCCGCCACUUUCUCGGGUUUCUAUUGUAGUCACAACAUGGCAACUGCCCAGACGAGGUAGCAUCCAGAACACCUCUUUCUGAGUCUGUGGACUCUGCCACAUUCACAGAACUGCAGAAUCACAGUGCAGUGCUCUGUAGGACUAUUACCCUGGAGUGAGGGAAAGGGAACAAGUUACGUUCUGUUCAUUCGUUGGUUGGUUGAAGGGUGGACAGGAGUCACCAGAUCAUGGAGCGUCUCCAUUUUCCUUUUCUAAACCAGGGAAAAAAAUACAACCUGUUCUUGGAAACAUCUUAUUCUGAAAUAUGUAGUUCAGGGGACUUUUGUUAAGACAACAACUGACCAAAAAUGCUGGCUCUGUUAGUACCUCCUGUAACCUGCUGUGCUCUGUCUCCACUGUACUUCUCAAGGGAUGGAGCUGCUGCUGAGCACACCAAAGCAGAACUGACCCAGCUCAGUGCAGGAAGGGGCUGUAACCAAGAGUUUGUUCCCAUGACCAGACUGCUGAGUAACACACAGCUGCUUUUCAGGAACAGUGUCCCAGUCCAAGAGCAGCUGCUGGCAGCAGGGAGACACGCUCCAUGCCCCUUGUCAGUGUUGGUGCAUGCAGGCACUGCUUGUAGGGAUUGACUUUGAUUGGCAAACCGAAGUGGCAUCUUCCCUUCUCAAUUCCAAGUCUGAAACGUGGCAAAGGAUGCUGCUCUGGCAGGAGGAAUGCACAGACGAGCCACAGUCCACAUGGGUCUACAGAGCAUUCUUCUUUUAAGCUUUAAUACAAGGCAGCACAGUCUGUACCUUCUCAUAAUGAGGUAUUUAAAACAUUUUACAAAGAAAUGGUAUUCAAAGGCCUUUAAAAAUAAAGUAUUUCCCUUUUCUGAAUCAAACGUUAACACUAAAACCCCUGCUGCCAAGUGCUGCUCCCUGUUAAGCCCACAGCUAUAAAGCAGAUGGCUACAAAACUUACUUGAAUGGCUUGAAUCCCCUGAAGCGGGGACAGAUGUUUCCCUGAACUGGCCUUGCCUUGGUGCCAUUAGGGAGACACUGCAGCAACCAUCCCUUCCAAACCCCCUGAAAUGCUAAUAAAAGUUGUUACAAAA